CGAAACGAGGCGCGUCGCUUAGCUAUUUUUCCAUAAAAAAAAAAAAAUACGAACAACUAACGAGGAUAUUCUUUACAUAUUUCUUUGCUCAUUUUUUUUUUACGUGUACUUUCUGACUGUGCUUGUGUGUGUGUGUGCCAGAUCUGUGUGGAGCAUGAGAUUUUUUGGAGUACCGUUAGCCCUGGCUCUGCUGAGCCUUGGCUUGGCCUCAGAAGUUGCUUCUUCUGGCUCUUCUGCUGCUGCUUCUCCCUCUGCUGCUCCCGCUUCUUCUUCUCCACCCGCUGCCUCCUCUUCACCUUCUUCUUCCUCUGGCAAACCCAAGAGAGAUGCAGGAUUGAGCUUCUCUAGCUACCAUGGACCCUCCCACAAGUACUUGCCACCCGCCUAUGAAGGUCACCAGCUGAGCUACCAUGGAGGAGGAGGCGGUGGCUAUCACAGCUAUACCACGGACUUUGGACACUUGGAGAGCGAAAGCGGAAAUGGUGGCCAUCAUUAUGGUCAUCAUGGCUACGGCUAUGGCUUGGCUUCCCCAGCUGGUCAUGGCAGGCCCCAUCACCACCAGCACUAUGUCCCAAGUCCCAAGAUCGAGACAUACAUAGUGCAGACGACGAGCAGUGGUUCUGGCUCCGGACAUGGCUACCAUGGUCAUAGCGGAAGUCACAUCGGAAGUCACAGUCUAAGUCAUGGCCCAAGUCACGGCCUGAGUCACAGCUAUAGUCAUGGAUCUUCGCAUGGCUUGGGCUACAAGUAUCCAGCUCCAGCGAGCAGUGCUGGUGGACCAGGCUCAUCCGCCUAUCUGAAUCUCCUGGGCGGCGGCGGCGGCGGCGGCCACAAGACCAGCACUUAUUUGGUGGCCUCGCCCGAGUUCUCUGGCGGAUCCCUGCACAGGCCCAGCCACGGUUACAGCUCCCAUGGACCCGCCCCCACUCACGGCUACAGUCACGGCUUUGGACACGGCUAUGGACAUCAUCCGAUCAGCACUAGCAGCAGUCAUGGACCUGCCAGUCAUGUGGAUCAUGGCUUGGAGCAUGCCCUAGAGCAUGGACUGAGUCAGGCCUUGGGACUGGGACUGGGACACUCCUCAGGCGGCGGAGGAGGUGCAGGAGGAGGCCAUGGUGGCCCAGUGUUUGCCCAGCAUCCGCUGCCCCAGCCGGCAGAGGAGCACUCUGGCUACACCUACGAUGCCCCCGCCACACCCUUUGGCAAGGGCACACCUCUGAGCAGCUAUGGCGUACCACUGAUACCCGGCUAUGAUCAUCAUCAGCAGGAGUCGCUCCAAGAGCAGGUCCUAGAGCAGGAGCACAAGCUGGAAAGGGAACCAGAGCGUGAGACGCCCAUCUAUGCGCUGGGUCACAAGGGACUGGGACAUUUUAGCUACACGGCCAGCAAGCCGCAGGCUCUGCAUACGGAUGUCCUGGGCGCUGGCAAUGGCGGCGUCACCCAUUCGGAACUGGAGCUAUCGAAGGCACCCUUCAAGCCCAGCGCCUUUCUGGGUGCCAAGCAUGAGAGUAGUGGCUCCUCCGGUCCGGUGACGAACUCUAUUUCCGGUUAUGAUUAUGCCACGCCCACAUCGCCAUACCUGCAGGCUCCCUCGUCGCCGGGCUAUGACUACCAGGCGCCGGCGCAGCUAUAUGGUCCACCUGGACACUCUGGAGACUCGGCCACGCCCAUAUUUGAGCCAGAGGCCACGUAUCUGCCGCCAGCCAGCAGCUAUGGCCCACCGGCCACGUCCUCGCAUGGCUAUCAUUAAAUUAUUGAAUUAGUUUUUUAAGCUCGACAAACCUCUGUAAUUCUGUACUUUUUUCCGAAGUAUCUAUAUAUUUUUUUUA